AUGAGUCUCCACGACCCACAGCCCCAGGAAGACGACACACAGCCCCAGGAAGACGACACACAGCCCCAGGAAGACGACACACAGCACCAGGAAGACGACACACAGCCCCAGGAAGACGACACACAGCACCAGGAAGACGACACACAGCACCAGGAAGACGACACAGAGCACCAGGAAGACGACCCACAGCCCCAGGAAGACGACACACAGCACCAGGAAGACGACACACAGCACCAGGAAGACGACCCACAGCCCCAGGAAGACGACACACAGCACCAGGAAGACGACACACAGCCCCAGGAAGACGACACACAGCCCCAGGAAGACGACACACAGCCCCAGGAAGACGACACACAGCACCAGGACGACGACACAGAGCACCAGGAAGACGACCCACAGCCCCAGGAAGACGACACACAGCACCAGGAAGACGUCACACAGCACCAGGAAGACGACCCACAGCCCCAGGAAGACGACACACAGCACCAGGAAGACGACACACAGCACCAGGAAGACGACACACAGCCCCAGGAAGACGACACACAGCCCCAGGAAGACGACACACAGCACCAGGAAGACGACCCACAGCCCCAGGAAGACGACUCACAGCCCCAGGAAGACGACACAGAGCACCAGGAAGACGACACACAGCACCAGGAAGACGACACACAGCCCCAGGAAGACGACACACAGCACCAGGAAGACGACACACAGCACCAGGAAGACGACACACAGCACCAGGAAGACGACCCACAGCCCCAGGAAGACGACACACAGCACCAGGAAGACGACACACAGCCCCAGGAAGACGACACACAGCCCCAGGAAGACGACACACAGCACCAGGAAGACGACACACAGCACCAGGAAGACGACCCACAGCCCCAGGAAGACGACACACAGCACCAGGAAGACGACACACAGCACCAGGAAGACGACACACAGCACCAGGAAGACGACACACAGCACCAGGAAGACGACACACAGCACCAGGAAGACGACACACAGCCCCAGGAAGACGACACACAGCACCAGGAAGACGACACACAGCACCAGGAAGACGACACACAGCACCAGGAAGACGACACACAGCACCAGGAAGACGACACACAGCCCCAGGAAGACGGCACACAGCCCCAGGAAGACGACACACAGCACCAGGAAGACGACACACAGCACCAGGAAGACGACACACAGCCCCAGGAAGACGGCACACAGCCCCAGGAAGACGACACACAGCACCAGGAAGACGGCACACAGCCCCAGGAAGACGGCACACAGCACCAGGAAGACGGCACACAGCCCCAGGAAGACGACACACAGCACCAGGAAGACGACACACAGCACCAGGAAGACGGCACACAGCCCCAGGAAGACGGCACACAGCACCAGGAAGACGGCACACAGCACCAGGAAGACGACACACAGCACCAGGAAGACGACACACAGCCCCAGGAAGACGGCACACAGCCCCAGGAAGACGACACACAGCACCAGGAAGACGACACACAGCACCAGGAAGACGGCACACAGCACCAGGAAGACGGCACACAGCACCAGGAAGACGGCACACAGCACCAGAAAGACGGCACACAGCACCAGGAAGACGACACACAGCACCAGGAAGACGGCACACAGCACCAGAAAGACGGCACACAGCCCCAGGAAGACGGCACACAGCACCAGGAAGACGGCACACAGCACCAGGAAGACGACACACAGCACCAGGAAGACGGCACACAGCACCAGGAAGACGGCACACAGCACCAGAAAGACGGCACACAGCACCAGGAAGACGACACACAGCACCAGGAAGACGGCACACAGCACCAGAAAGACGGCACACAGCACCAGGAAGACGACACACAGCACCAGGAAGACGGCACACAGCACCAGAAAGACGGCACACAGCACCAGGAAGACGGCACACAGCACCAGAAAGACGGCACACAGCACCAGAAAGACGGCACACAGCCCCAGGAAGACGGCACACAGCCCCAGGAAGACGGCACACAGCACCAGAAAGACGGCACACAGCACCAGAAAGACGGCACACAGCCCCAGGAAGACGGCACACAGCCCCAGGAAGACGGCACACAGCACCAGGAAGACGGCACACAGCACCAGGAAGACGGCACACAGCACCAGAAAGACGGCACACAGCACCAGGAAGACGGCACACAGCCCCAGGAAGACGGCACAGAGCUCCAGUUAAAGAUAUAA